UUGGCGGUGCGCACAAGGAGGUGGAGGGAGGGGGGAGGAGGAGGAGUAGGAGGAGGAGGAGGAGGAGGGAGGGCGGGUCCAUCCCCCCUCUUCGCGUGGCUGCUCCCAGGGCCCCGGGUCGGCCGGGCCGAGGAGCCGCGACAGCCCCUCGCGCCAGAAGCCCCGCGCCUCGCGCAGGUCCACGAGGUAGGCGGCGCGCAUGCGCGCGGAGACGCCGCGGGCCUCCAUGGCGUGCAGCGCCGCGAGCACUCGGCCGCGCCCGUGAAGCGGCACAGCGCGGGCAGCAGGAGGUACUCGGAGAACUCGGCCCAGUACGCCCGGGCCUCCAGCCCCGCCGCGUCCCCCGCGGGCCGCGCGGUGUCCAAGAAGGGGUCGCGCCCGUGCGCCUCCUCCACCGCCGACCGGUUGCUCCCCGGGGCGGGCAGGUGGUACGGGUAGGGCAGCAGGCGCCUGUUGGAGACGUGCACGAGGGUCUGGGAGGGCCCUCUCUGGGACGAAGGUGGGCACGCCCAUCUUGAAGAGGUGGCGCAGCAUGCAGAUCUCCGGGGACCAGGGCAGCACGACCACCGCGUGGAAGCCGGCGACCUCCGCGAACGGCACGAUGCGGCCCUCCUGCCCGACGAUGUCAAACGGGAACUUUGGCCCGGCCAUGAGCCGCACGCCCUGGAUGAAGAACCACUCGUACUUGAGACGCCCCCGGCUGUGCACCAGCACGUCCCCCCUCACGCCCGAGGCGCCCGCCGUGGGGCGGUACGUGGCGUUGACCCACACGGACAUGGGCCGCAGGAACGGGAUGCCGACCCCAGUCUGGUAGAAAAACUGCUCGCACCUGAGUAACAUGGGAGGCACAAGGACAUACUAGUACUAUAUGUCCUCC